UUGUGGUGGUUGGGCAGUAGGCAAGGCCGUACGCGGAAGAAACCGCGGCAGCCUGCUGCCCAGCGCAAGAAAAGGGCGGAUCGAACGGAAGCAAUCAAAGCCAGCCGCGGCGCUCUCUUCCCAAGUCACCCCCAGCCCCAACCCAGAGGUGAAAGCGUCGUCCAGUCCCCAUUUCGCCGCCGACCCCCGCACCCAAAGCAGAAGGCUUUUGCUUUGCGCGUCCUCCCAAUCCGCGGCUAGCCGGCGUUCUAUCUUUCCUGCCGAGCUCGCCGGCGUUCCUCUUCUGCUGCUGCCGGUGGUGGUUGGAGAUGACACAUAUGUUUCCAAGGGAAGGUGCCUCAUCUAGCUCAACCUCAAUGAGCAGCCAGAGGAGUGAAACUGAUGAUGAUAGGAUGAUUGCGAUGGUUCUCUCUGAAGAAUAUGCCAAGCUAGAUGGUGCUAUGGCCAAACGUCUUACUAAUUUAACAUCGAUUCCUCAUGUUCCCCGGAUUAACACAUACUUCCCGACAUAUAGUGAUGCCACUAUGGACCAUUAUCGCCUUCUUGAUAGGCUAAAUGCAUACGGCUUGUUUGAGGUGAGAGUAUCUGGUGAUGGAAAUUGUCAGUUUCGUGCACUCUCAGACCAACUAUAUAGAUCACCUGACUAUCACAAGCAUGUUCGAAAGGAGAUUGUAAAGCAGCUCAAGGAAUGUAACUCCUUAUAUGAAGGUUACGUUCCAAUGAAAUAUAAACAUUAUUGCAAGAAGAUGAAGAAAUCUGGUGAAUGGGGUGACCAUGUCACCCUACAAGCAGCUGCAGACAAGUUUGCUGCAAAGAUAUGUCUUCUUACAUCAUUCAGAGAUACCUGUUUUGUUGAAAUCGUUCCUCAAUAUCAAUCUCCACAGAGAGAGAUUUGGCUGAGUUUCUGGUCAGAAGUUCACUAUAACUCACUCUACGAUGCUCGAGAUCUCCCUAGCAAAUACAAGCCUAGAAAGAAGCACUGGUUGUUGUUUUAAUAUCAUAUCAAUGCGGAGGUUUGCUUCAUACUGGUGGAAUCAUAUUGCUUGACCGUUUCGACCACCGACCACCGUCCGCUGGUGGCAGCCUGGGCAUAGCUCCUUGUGGCUUUAUCUCCCAUAUAGCUCUACAUGAAUGAUUCAUUGUGUUGCUCGGUGCAGCUACUGCAAGAUCCAGACUCGCAGCGCUAGAUACAGUUACAAUGUUGAACCUGAGCCUUGUAAAUAGAUACUCCUUUACUGACAUACAGGUUGAUUGUAUACCCUGGCCUAUUCGUUCAUUGUUACAUUCUUUGUUUAUACAUCUACAUAUUAGUGCUAUUCAUCAGUUCAUUAUUCACUUCAUUUCUGGGAGAAUUCA